AAUGAGUUCUGAUCUUUAAAAUUAAUAUGAAAAUUUUAAGAAAACAAUGAAGAAAGCUGAAUACAAAGAAUAAUUUGCAUUUGAUUAUGUUAAGGAUAAUAACCCAACCUUUUUCUUGAGAAUACUCCACUACAUUUUAAUUGAAUAUAAUUCAGGCUUUUAUAAAUGUACCUAUUACUUAAGAUUGUUUGUUAGCCUUAGUAGACAAAGGAUAUGAGCUCUAUUCCAAAAAUGAUUUGAGAUUUACAGAAUAAGUAUUCAAAAUGUUACAAUUAGAAUUCAAUUACAAAUUGUCAAUAAAUAUUGCUUAAUUUCUUUCAGAACAAUAUUUAGAGCAUAAAUUAAUCUUAAUAAAUGAUAUAUUUAAUGAGGUAUUGUAAAGAACAAAAAAAGACAAGAAAGUGAAUCUAUUUAAGGGAUAAGAAAAUACUUCAUACUUAUAAAACACUUAAAAAUAACAAGAGUCUAAUAAUAAAUAAAAAACUCAAAUACUUGUACAAAGAGAGAAUUUAUAAAUUGAAGAUGAUGAAGAAGACAUUGAAUAACCAAAAAGACCAGAACCUUAUAAAAUUACUUCAUAAAAUGAAUUAGUUCAAAGAAUGCCUUCUUAUAAUUAAGAAUAAUAUUAAGAAUUUGAAUAAUAAUCCAAUUAUUAAUUACAAUAUUAAUAAUAACCAUCUCCUCCAUAAUCUAAUUAAAAGAAUGAAUAUUAGAAUGAAAUUUAAUAAGCAUUCAAAUAAUAAAUUAAUUAAGUUUAAUAAAACUAUCCAAUUUAAACAAAUAAUUAUAUUUAAUAAAAUUGUGUAACACAUCAAGAUCUCUAAAAAUUAAUGUAAGUGAUUUUAUUAAGUAAUGAUAAUAUUAAAUCAAUUAUGCAAAAAUUUUCAGAAUUAUAAACUACAGUAAAUAUUGCAUUAGCUAAUUUUGAUCAGAGAUUGACAAGAUUGGAAUUAAAAAUUCGUGAUUAAUGA